AUGGAGGUGGAGUUGGAUAGAAUCAGCAACUUACCAGAAGAGGUUAUAGACAAAAUAUUGACAAAUUUGCCAAUCAAGGAUGGAGCGAGGACGAGUGUUUUGGCAAGCAAUUGGAGGUACAAAUGGGCUAUGCUUCCACAUCUUGUGUUUGAUGCUCGGUGCAACUCCAGGAUUGCUAAUCAGGUGCUCUUAGGUCAUUUUGGCCCCAUAAGUAAGUUUGAACUUUGUCAAGGAUCCAAAGACAUCAGAGAUAUUGAUGGCUGGAUUCUUUACCUGUCAAGAAACCACCCCGUCAAUGACUUGAAACUCAGCUUUUCUGUGAGGAAGCGUUACAAGAUGCCUUCGUGUAUGUUUUCUUGUCAAGAUAUAAUUCAUUUGAAUUUGACUGGAUGUCUGCUAAAACCUCCUUCAACAUUCGAAGGGUUCAGGAGUUUGAGAAGCCUUCAUUUUGAGGAUGUUAUACUGAACCAGGAUGUGUUCGACCAUAUGAUUCUUUCUUGUAAUCUGCUUGAGAGAUUGACUUUGAAGGACUGUGGCGGUUUCACCCAACUCAAGAUUGAUGCACCCAAUCUUCUAAUCCUACACUGUUCUGGUGUUUGUAAGGAUUUCAGUACUGUGAAUGCAUUGCAACUUGCUUAUGUUUACAUUGAUUUAUUUAUCCCACAAGUUCAUCAUAAUUCUAGCAAUGUGCUCAAGUUUUUUCACUUUUUCGUUAGCCUGCCUAUGGUUGAGGGUCUUCAUAUUAGCUGGAGCUUUUUGAAUUAUCUGGCUGCUGGUGCUUUGCCAAAACUACAUAAACCAUGUCUACAUCUGAAGUUUCUUGACAUAUCCAUGUUCUUUGAUUAUAUGGAGGAAGUUUCAAUUGCUCUUUGCCUUCUGAGCAGCUCGCCUGCUCUCGAAAUACUAAAUAUGGAAGCUAUGGGGUGUCAUAAUCAAGCUGAUGUGGGAGUAGUGAAGUCUUGGCUGUAUAAGAACCGGAUUUGUUCAUUCACCAAACUGCGAUUUGUGAAAAUACAACGCAUAUCUGGUGUUGAAGCUCAACUAGAUUUUAUCAGAUUUCUGCUCAUAAGUUCACCAGUACUUGAGACAAUGACUGUUGUGUUUCUGCCUUUGGAGCCUAAUGCUGCUGAUGAAAAUCCGGAUCUAGCUGUUCACCAACAUUAUUUGGAUGUAGUUACAAAGUUGCUGCGGUUCAGACGUGCCUCACCGAAUCUAGAGAUAAUAUAUUCACAGCCAUGA